GAAUGAUGAUCAACUUUUUAUGAUAGCAGCCGAACUAGUAGCUUAGCCUAGCCAAUUCUUCCACUACUCUGGCAAUUUUGCAGAAUUUGUAGAGAAGAGAGAGAAAGAAACAGAGGAGACGAAGACUUAUGUCAGCCUUCUCUUCUUCUCUGAAGAACAACAAGAAGAAAAGAUCUCUCCUUUCUCUCUCUAAAUUCUAGAUUAGAUUCUCUCCUAAAUCUGAUUCACGAAACUAAUCAUGGGUUUGAUCGAUUUCUUCACUUCCAUUGAUUGGCAACAAGAAUCUGACCCCAGUUCUCAUGAUUUCAUUGUUCUUCCCUUUUUUGCUCUAUUCUUCCCUUCCGUUCGUUUCUUCUUGGAUAGAGUUGUUUUUGAGAAAAUAGGGAAAAGGUUGAUUUUCGGAAAGAAUUAUCAUAUAAAAGAUGGUGAUGCUGAUGGGAAGAAGAAGCUAAGAAAGUUCAAGGAAUCAGCUUGGAAAUGUGUGUAUUAUCUGUCUGCAGAAAUUCUUGCUCUUUCUGUGACUUAUAGUGAGCCUUGGUUCACCCAGACAAAAUAUUUUUGGGUGGGACCUGGUGAUCAGAUCUGGCCUGACCAGAAAACAAAGAUGAAGUUGAAAGGCCUUUAUAUGUAUACAGCUGGGUUCUAUAUAUAUUCAAUCUUUGCACUUAUUUUUUGGGAAACAAGGCGUUCUGACUUUGGUGUUUCGAUGGGGCAUCAUGUUGCAACUCUCAUUCUUAUUGUUCUGUCUUAUACUGCCAGAUUUGCUCGAGCUGGUUCGAUGAUCUUAGCUCUCCAUGAUGCAAGUGACGUGUUUCUUGAGGUUGGGAAGAUGUCGAAAUACAGUGGUUUUGAAGCAAUUGCUAGCGUCUUUUUCAUUUUCUUUGUUAUAUCUUGGAUCUUGCUCCGCCUCAUAUACUACCCAAUUUGGAUUCUUUGGAGUACAAGCUAUGAAGUUAUCCAGUCAGUUGAUAAGUCGAAACAUCCAAUAGAGGGACCUAUUUAUUACUACUUGUUCAACACUCUCCUGUACUGCUUGCUUGUUCUUCAUAUUUAUUGGUGGGUGCUAAUGUAUCGAAUGCUUGUGAAGCAAGUCCAAGCUAGAGGUCAGCUAAGUGACGAUGUUCGUUCAGAUUCUGAAGACGAACACGAAGAUUGAUCUAAAAGGAAUCAUAACACCAGAUGUUGCUGAGGUAGCAUUUUGCUAUUCAUGUACAGGGCAUACUAAAGUGGCAAUACGAUUUGCAUAUUAGCCAUUAAACCAAACUAAUGUAACCCUCGACUUGAAGAGAGUUUGAGGCGCUGCAUUCAAGGGAUUCUUUUCAACAACUAGAGUUUCAAGAUGUACCUUUCUUGUAAUCUUUUGUUCCAACAGUUGAGCAAUUCAUAGCAAUUUUUUUUUUUUUUUUUUGUGAUAGUUAACACUUAACAGUUUUCCCACAUAUAACCAAAGACAUUCGAGGUCUUAGCCAUCUUGUGCAGUAUUCAAGUGUAACAUAAUUUAGUGUACUGAAGGUCUCUGACUUUCCAAGUAACUUUAUUCUAUUAUUUGAUAUUACUGAAUCCAAUAAGAUUGUGGGACAGUGUAAAAUUGUAAAUUGCUAAUCUAUUUCCGUCUUGCACU